CUGCUGUUCUGACGUGCCUUGCUGGCAGCAGAGAAGGGGGCGCCGCUCCGAGCGUCCUUAAUGGGCCCCAGCCGGGCUGACUGGCAGUCCUGAGGGGGGGCCUGAGGGCGGGAAAGGAAAAGGCCGUUCCUUGCAAACGCGCCCCCACCAAUCCGCUUAACCAGACUUGAGGCGAUCUUUGCAUCCCGUCCUCCAGCUUUGAGCUCUUUCUGGACGUCUCUCUCGUCUGAAGAGCUGACGGGAGGGGCUUCGGGACCUUUCUUUUCGCUAACUUUUUUCUCCCGGGGACUCAGGGCGCCUCGGUGUCUUUCUCUUCCCUUCCCGCCAUGAAGCCGUGGCUCUUGCUCAGCCUCCUGCUGCUGCACCAAACGCUGCAAAAUGCUGUUGGUCAGCCUGCAAAGAACAAACGUCCAAAGGAACCAGGUGACAACAGGAUCAAACCUGCUAACAAAAAAAUGAAACCCAAAGCUCCAAAAUUAAAGGAGAGAGAAUCCGCAGAUGCUUCCCCCAAGAUCCAUUCCAUAAUGACACAAGUGAUGGAAAAGGGCCGCUUUCAGAAACCUGCUGCUACUCUGAGCCUUUCUGCUGGACAGAGUUUGGAACUGAGAUGUAAAGGAAAUAAAAUUGGGUGGAGCUACCCAUCUUAUCUCAACACUUUUAAGGAUUCCAGACUCAGUAUCAAGCAACAUGACAGAUAUGGUCAGCUGAUCUUGCAAAAUUCCACUGCAGCAGACACUGGUGAAUAUAGCUGCUGGUUACUGGCGUGCACUAGCUACAGCUGCAAGAAGGAUGAGUCAAGAACAGGAUCAACUUAUAUAUUUUUUGCAGAUAAAGGGGAGCUCUUUGUUCCCUCUCCCAGUUAUUUUGAAGUUGUCUACCUUAAUCCAGAUAAACCUGCAGUGAUUCCUUGUCGAGUGACAAGCCCCUCAGCAAAAGUAACUCUUCACCAGGAGUUUCCAGCAGAAGAAAUAAAAGUAGAUGGAAUCAACAUUAUGUAUGACACGAAGAGAGGCUUUGUUUAUCAGCACCCAACUUCUGAUCACAAAGGAGUGGUAUACUGCAGAGCUGAAUCACGUGGAGAUCCUCAGAUUUCAAUUAAAUACCAGUUGCUUUAUGUGGAAGUUCCUAGCGGCCCACCUUCAACUACUAUCAAAGCAUCGUCCAAUAAAGCAGAAGGUGGAGAGGAUGUCAGCGUUCUGUGCACAGUUUUGGGGGAGCCAGAUGUGGAAGUGGAGUUUAAUUGGAUAUACCCAGGCCAAGAAUAUGAAAGGCCUGUGCUUAUGCAAGACUCUUGGAGGCUGAUCAACAGAGGAAUUGGUCAUACCACGCGAAUCUCAGAAAGCAUUAUUACUAUUGAAGAUUUUGAGACGAUUGAUGCUGGAAAUUACAUUUGUAUAGCCCAGAAUCUUCGAGGACAGACCACAGUGGCUACACACAUUGAACUGAUCUAGUGGAUCGAGCUCUCAGGAGAGAGAAGCAGAACAAGCAAAGGACUGGACUGCUUUUGACAAACUUUCAGUGAAGAACUGUAAGUGAGUAGGGGAAAAUAUUAAUCUAUUAGUUUAAUCUCAUAUAGUAAGAGAAAUGAAAGGGAAUGAUUGACAGCAAAUGUUCAGUGUCCAAAUUUGGAACCCAGAAGCUCCCUAGUUCACACCUUGUAUCUACCAUGACUUUAUUAGAUAGACUUAGGGAAGUCACAUCUUUCCUCUGCCGUUCCCUCCUCCUGCCUGUGCUCAUUUUCGAAAUGUAUAGCCCUGCCUAUGUUGUAAAGAUUGCCAUGAUGCUAUCUUUAUCCAUUUUGAGUACUAAAUGUUCUAGUGCUCUUUCAAACAGUAAUACACAUUUAAAGUGUUUAUUUCUCAUGCACAUUCUUAAUGGUACAAGUUCCUAAAAAAUUAAACUAGACAAGUUGAUUGAAAGACAUACCAUCUUUUAGUCUUCUUGUUUAUCUAGCUGUGCAUAUAGGAAAAAUAAUGGCCAUUGUUAACAGUUACCAAGAAAAUUCCAUGGAUCUUGGUAAAUUGGAGUGUUAUUCUACUUUGCAAAAUUUUAUUUUCUUUCUUUUCUAUUAAUGAGGCACUAGUAUAUAAGUGCUUCUGUGUUUAGUGUUGAAAACACAACAUAUGUGUUACCCUAAAUAUGUUACACAUUAAACAAAACAUUUUGCAAGUUC